AUGUCAUACUUUAAUCUCGUACCCGACAUCUGCAACACAAGCGCAGACAGCCCAGGAUCCUCGGUGUUCGACCUCCCGACGCAGCCAGAGCGCAACGCGGAGUGGGCGACACCGAGCCAGCAGACCAUACACGGCGAUGCGGUCAAGUCGACUGACAGCACGGCCUGCCGACUGAAAGGAGAGUGCCAAUCGCCGGCCGGGCCGUCAUUUCUCGUCAUCUCAGGCGGGACAGGAUGCAACUCAAUAUGUUCUGCGUUUGGCAACGCGUGCUACGUGCUGCCCGUGUCGGACGACGGAGGCUCGUCCAGUGAGAUCAUUCGCGUGCUCGGUGGGCCUUCGAUUGGCGAUAUCCGUUCGCGGUUAGUCAGGUUGAUCCCCUCAGCACCAACGAACUCUCCCCUGGAUCGCAUCCGCAACCUCCUGGCAUACCGAUUGCCCGCGCAUAGCUCAGAACGAGAAGCUCGCGAUGAGUGGCGAGACAUUGUCGAAGGGAGAAGCCAUCUCUGGCAAGGCAUACCGAACGACAGAAAGGAGAUGAUCAGAGGAUUCCUUGUACAUUUCGAAAGCGAGGUUCUCAAACGAGCCCAUAAAAACUUUUCUUUCGUCAAUGGAAGCAUAGGCAAUUACUUCCUCUCUGCCGCGCAGACAUUCUUCCGCUCUCUUCCCUCAGCUAUCUUCCUAUUCUCCUCCAUCACAAAUAGCCAGGCUAACAUACUCCCGGUAAUCGUAACGAACCACACCGUUACGAUCGCCGCAGAACUAGACAAUGGCGGACGGCUCGUGGGCCAGUGCGAUAUAUCUCACCCGGUCCCGUCAUCCACGGGUACUGCGCCAGGGAUCGGCGUCACGACGUACGAGGCAGACUAUGUCUUCGAGUCCCAGUAUGACGUUGCGCCGCCAUCGCCUGUGGAUGCACUGGAUGGUGUGAUAUCGCCUCAGAGGAACGUCAUGUUCCAGGCGGACGCGAAGGAACAUUACGAGCCCCUUGAUGCCAGGAUCUCGAGGCUAUACUAUAUCAAUGCGUACGGGAGCGAAAUCCAUCCUUCGCCAAACCCGGACUAUAUCGCGAAUCUGUCGUUGAACAACGUACUUGUGUAUUCCUGUGGAUCGUUAUGGACGAGUGUCAUACCUUGCUUAGCCUUGAAGGGCGUCGCGAAUGCCAUUGCAUGUUCGCGCUCCCUUCGUGCGAAAGUCCUAUUGCUGAAUUCUCGAAACGAUCGGGAGACGAGUGGGUAUACAGCGACAGAUUAUAUCAAGACGAUUGCGCGGACACUGAACACGCCGUAUCAUUCCGCGUAUGGCGGCCUCCGUACAUCUGAUACCACCUGUCCAAUAUCUGCGUACAUCACGCAUAUGCUAUACCUGAACGGGACGCCGAUCGACGUGGAUCUCGAGGAAGUUAUGGCUCUUGGUGUCAAGCCGAUUGAGGUGGAGGGAUGUCUGGAUGAGAAGACUGGGAUGCCGCAGUUCGAUGCUGUCUGCGUUCGUCGAGCGAUCUUGGAGAUUAUGGAGGUGGAGGCUCGGGACUAGAGCGAGCCGUGGUGGUCUGUCAGCCUCCAGGUGUUCGGUGUUUAUCGGCAG